UUGGUAUCGAAUGAUUAUUUUACAUCUUCUCAACACUAACACGGAGGAAUGGAAAUUUGUUUAUUGCCAUUAAAACUGACAACAAAUGGAGCCGUCCGCCUGUGAAGAUUUAAAAGCAUUCGAAAGACGACUUACCGAGGUGGUGUCCUCCUACAAACCCUCAACAGUACGAUGGAGAAUUGUGCUUGCAGUUAUCUCAUUGUGUACGGCUAUUGGUGCUUGGUACUGGAUAAGAGAUCCAAGAACGUCUGUAGUGCCUCUGACUGAAUCCCUGCUGAUACAUCCCGUCUUUACGUUCGCCACCUUAACCCUAAUUGUCUUAUUUGUUUUUGGAAUUCACAAGCUUGUGUGUGCUCCACAAAUCAUUACAAAUCGUAUGCGCCAGGUGUUAAGUGACUUCAACAUGAGCUGCGAUGACACAGGGAAACUGAUACUGAAGCCACGACCCAACAAUAACUAGUAAUGUGACCCUAUGAACUCGGAAUUAUUGACUUAAGGCAACCUAUUAGUUAAAGCCCAUUGAUGGACAUUUAUAAUAAGUCCAUUUGCUUAUAAAUAUAAUGUUGUAUGUAAACAGAGAACAAAUUAUUUUGUCCCUUGCACGAUUGUAAUUUAAAAAUGUCUCAUAUUGCCCAAAAAUUGUUGGUUUAUGUUUAUGAUAAGCAAACAAAACUCAUACGACUUUAAUUUGAUGUUACAGUUAGUUUUUAAAGUGAUCCCAUAACAAUGUACACCUGCACACCUUAAGAUCUAUAAUUAUAUAAGUUAAGGAAUAUAGAACAAAUCCCAUUUAAAACAAGAAGGAA